CUACAUGCCUUGUAAAGGACCUGAAAUGCUGAAUAUUUAGAGAGUUUCAGAGUACACAGGCCUCAUUGUGGCCUUGACCCCCGAGAGCCAGUCUCUUUCCUUCCCAGCUAGUUUCUUUUCAUUCAGUUUUGUUUUUCCCACUCAUUGAAUGUAUGCCUUGGGAAAAAGAAACUGAAACAGAAGGCAGCUCUGACUUCUGGAGACUCCGCCUCUUGACACCCACAGCUCACACACUUAAGAGAGAGGACCCAGCCUCUGGCUGUGAGAGAGAGCAGCUAGAAGCUGAGACAAGCAAACUCCUCAGUUCCUGCAGGGGACCUAGUGCUAAAGCCUACAGCCAUGACCCGGGACCUGAAGGUGAAGAUGCUGGGGGGUGAAGAGUUCCUGGUGUCCCUGACUAACUCCAUGACGGUGUCAGAACUGAAGAGGCAGAUUGCCCAGAAGACUGGUGUGCCAGCUUUCCAGCACCGCCUGGUCCACCCAAGUGGUGAGAAGCUACAAGAGGGCGUUACCCUCAUCAGCCAGGGCCUGUGCCCUGGCAGUACAGUCAUGCUGAUGGUACAGAAUUGUAACAACCCUCUGAACAUCCUGGUGAGGAAUGAAAGGGGCCGCAGCAGUAUCUAUGAAGUCCGGCUGACACAGACGGUGGCAGAGCUUAAGAGGCAGGUGUCCCAGCAGGAGCAAGUACAGGAAGACCAAUUUUGGCUGAGCUUUGAGGGAAGGCACAUGGAAGACAAACAGCCACUGGGGGAGUAUGGCCUAACGCCCCAGUGCACAGUGUUCAUGAAUUUGCACCUGCGGGGGGGGGGGGGGGGGGGGGAUGAUAUGCUAUGCCUAAGGCCUCUAUCCAGAGCCAAUGUUGGUAAUAAAAGGGUGAUCCAAUGAAAAGUUCUGCCUCCUGUCUGCUUGUCAGAAAUGUCCAUCUGUUGCCUUCUCUUCUACAUCUCUACUGAGGUCAGGUGAAAGAAUCCAGGUCCUUCUAUUGUGAUAAGGCCUUGGGUUGCCAAGUUAAGGGACAGGAUUUCACAGAGCCUAGUGAGAGAAUUCCCCUUUGAAAUCCUUUGGUAACUCACUUCUAGAGAAAGAAAUUUUUUUUUUCUGGGACCCAGUUCUGAGCCUCAUCCAGCCCCUCAACAACUGGUCCCCAUCUCUAUAUCUGACUCAGGGACAGGUCAAGGUAGGUCCUACCAGUAACAGGAUGAGGCUCCUAAUGGGACCAGUUGCUUACCAGAUCCUUUGGAAAUAGUGAAGGAAUGUUCUUGGACCUGCCUGGGUGGGCUGUGGAGGGUGGUGUAUUCUUCUGUGGGUGUUCCUAGUCUCACCUACACUAGUCCUCAGAAGGGCAGGACAGGGCCUCUCUACUCACAUCAGUCAGUUGCUGUUUAGGACAUGGUGGUUAGCAAAUACACCUCAUCAGAGCUAUAAAGAGGCCAUUAUUGGCAGGUAAGGGGGCACCUGGAAUUGGGGGCUCACCUGUCCACAAAGGAAAUCAUAUCGCAGAUAGGAGGCACCCAAUUUGGAAAAGCUUCAUCCCCUUCCUGCCUGAUAUUUCUUUCUCUUAUCUUUUCCUCCUGUAUGUACUUACUAAGGCUUUGAGGCAGCCUAAGGCACAAGCAAGUCAGGACAAGUACCUCAAUGGCCCUGGGGGCCUUACACUUCAACCUUUAGACCUUUAAAGAGAAUUUGAGUGGAGAUUCAGAAGCCCCCAUUUCUGGUUGGUGUUCUUGUGCAUAUCUGGGUAAGGUGACCCUAGAUCUAGCAAUGCUGGUGUCCACUGUGUAGAUGUGACCUCAAACCUUCACGGACCACCCCCCUCCCUGAAGCCUGCCAGGGUCCUGGUGGUAGAGUCUUUCUCAGGAGGAAGAGCUUCUGCCACCCACACUUUACUCUAGCUUCUGGUUCAAAGGCACAGCAACCCUGGUCUUGUGAAAAGAAAGCAGUCUUUUCUUUUUUUCUUCAACCUUCUGCAGAUCCAGCGUUCCCUGAGCCUCAGUUUAUACCCUGUACCUAGCCAGGCCAAGUUGGAGAUGUGCUAGUCCACAGACGGGGAGGGGAAGGAAGCGGGGUCGUGGUAGGUUCCGCAGCAAGACAAGAGAAGGUAGCCAUAGGCCGACAAGGGGCAUCCCAUUGCCCUACCCAGCCAGAGGGCAGGUAGGCGGGUCUGAGCGCAAUUCAGACCAGUCACCGCGGAAAGGCCACCGGCAGGGGGCGUAGCGCUACUGGGCCGCCUUAGACCCUACGGUGGGCCCCGUACUGGUGCGGGAGCUCGGUGAGCAAUCCCGCUGUGGGGCCGACUCAAGGGCAACCGGAGGUCCAGCUCCGGUAGUCUUUCCUACUCAGAAAGCCCUGCCGCUCCCGGCGCCCCGGCACGUCGCUCCUAGAUUAUAUAUUAACCUGAUUUCAGCUGCAUUUCCUGGUGGGUGGGCAGUUUGGGCGGACGGGGGAGGGGCGCCUGGCGCCCCACCUUCCCCUCCCCCAAGGCGGCCCGCCACCCACCCGGCCGGGGCCCCAGCCUCAACUCGGCGCCGCAGUCUCCGGGCUUUGUUCCCUGCCCGCG